GGUUGGGGCGUUCAUGUGCUGCUUGUUUUUUCAUCUUAUUCAGGAGAGGAAGACUCGGCAGUCGUCCUGUAGUGGAUAUGUUAAUGUUGCGUGUUAAUGGUCGACAUUUUCUGCAGGCAGAUCGCUUUCUUAAAAUGUACACAAUAUUCUGCUCAUCGUGUUUUUGAAAGCACAUUACUUAUGUGCUUAGUUACACGUACUUCCUGCUACUGUUUGCGCUAUUUGAGGAGACGAAUCGUCGCAUCCGGAAAUCCCUACGGCUCGUGAAGUAUCCGCUCUGUAAGCUCGGCGUGAUUGACAGGUUUUGCGCUGCUUUGUGGAGGAUAACGAGCCGUUAGCUGCUGCAAAGUGCCCAGACAAGGAGGGAGGCCAGGUCCGCGGCACGAGCGCACCCCCCCGCAUCAGUGCACGCGAGCACAAAGUGCCCAACGGACACAACAUGUUAGCCUGGAGCUAGCCAGCGCUAGCUUGUUGAACAGCGGUCAGUGCAUGGCUACCGAGACCAGGCAAGCAGUUCGUGUUUACUACGUCCCAGCACUUCUCACUCUAACGCUAGCUUUAAAUACACUCCGACGAGCUGACACCGCCUUUAAACGUUCUGAACGAGGCCUGCAAUGUUAAACAACCGGAGCUUGCAGUGUGGCCUACACGAAGAAAACGCCUAUUUCAUCAGUGGUGUUGGUAGCGGAUCGCUGGAUGCAGCGCGGCUCGGCUCGGCUCGGCUCGGCAGUGUCAUAGGCACUCUUGACAUGGGGAGUAAAAUGUCCUUCGGCAGAAGAAGCAGUGACCAAAAUACAAUCUCUGAUUUAACGUCUGUGACAUCUUCUUGCGUUUCUAUCCAUGCUCCCUCAGACUUUAGGCAGAUACAUGAAGGUAUGACAGGCAGUGAAGGGGACCUGGAACCCACAUCAGGACAGAGCAUGAAGGCAACAGAACUGACUGAAACUACUCCAGAACUCCACUCACCAGGACACCAGGAGUCCAGCGACUCUGCCAAUGUUGAGAAAGCAGAUGUAGAAAAACACCUGAGUGAGUGCAUGUCUCCACCAGUGGAGAUGGAAGCACAGCAUCAAACAGCGCCCGUGAGUGUGUGCAGCUCUACAACGUGCAGUCAUGGGCCGGUGGUGGUUCGCAGAAAACCUGGACGGCCUCGCAAAAAACCUCUAUUGACUGAGGACAAAACGGACCCAAAGACCUGUGGUCUCAAUGCAGUUCAACAUGGAGAGAUCAGCACCACAAUUCCAACAUGUACGUCUGACACUGUAGUGUGCCCUUUGAUCAGGAAUUCAGAUACUCAUAAUGCCUCUAAUAAUACAGCAGAAGGUGUUGGUAUUCCUGUGCUGCUUAAAAGAAAAAGAGGAAGGCCAAGAAAAGCAGACACGCUAGCUCUUAACAACGCGCUUGCUAGGGCGGCUGCUGCCAGUGCUCCUGCUGCUUCUGCUCAUGCUAAUGUUAGUGGCCCUGCAUGGACACUGAGAAGCAGAAAGGAGCAGCAGCUUAUGGCAGAAGCUGGAAAGACUGAACCCAAAAGGAAGGGACGGCCCAAACUAACUAAACAGACCCCUUUGGAAAGCAGUACUCCACCCAACACGCCCGCUGUCAAGCGAAGAAGGUCUAAAGUCACUGAUCAGCAGGUUCCAGCUAAAGUGUCCAGACUGGGGGAUUCCCAUGGGGCCUCAUCAGUGUUGACCAAUGACACAGACUGUGUGGCGAGAGCAGUGGCCGAUAAGCAGGUUAAAGUUAGAAUGGACAAACGAGAGGUUAAGAUAGAUGGAAGGGAAGCCCCGAUCUCCCGAAAGUCUAGAGACAGACAAGAGCAAACAACACAGUUUGGACGGGUUUUAUUACCACAACGACGACUGCGUUCUCGUACAGUGGCUGAGCCUGAGGUUGUUCCUCCUCAAGAUGUGACCAGUGUGAAAGAGAUAAUCCCUAGUCAAAGUGAUGCCCCUAAAAUAACACCAUCAGUGGACACACAUGGUGAUGAGGAGUUGCAAACAAAAAGCAGUUUUGAUUCUUUAAAACACACAGAUAUUCCACAGAAUCCAGAACCCAUUAUCACAGAUGUUGUAAUUAAAGAAAAUCUCGAGCCGACUGAGAUUCCUCCUGCUGUUAAAACUGAGAACCUGGAGGUAGAGCUGGAUAAUUUAAGUGGUGUGUCCCAGGCGACUAGUCCUAAAUCUGUACAUAACAGUGUCAGUGCAACAUUAAAGCCUGAGGGUUUAAACACAGAGCAAACCUUUCUGAGGCUCAAGAAAGGUGGAAAGAGGCGGAGGAGAAGGAAGAGAAGUAAAGUUUUGUUACAGACUGAGGAACCUGUAGAAGACCAGGCAGACAACGCUGACAUUCAACCUAAAACCGUCUGCCUGGAAAAGGACGGCAGCCCAAAUGUGGACUCAGAUGUGGUCUCCACUAAAAAAGGAGCAAAAACCUUGUUUAAAUGUGGUUACUGUAGUCGUACAUAUAAGUUCUUGUCUCAGUUCGUCAUCCAUCAGCGCGUUCAUACGGGAGAAAGGCCAUUCAAAUGUCCCGAUUGUGACAAAAGCUUUAGCAAAAACUCCAACUUAAAUCUUCAUCUCAAGACUCACAAAAAAAGCAACAUAUAUCAGAAAUGUCCGUUCUGUAAGAUCAAGUUCUCCUGCUCCGAGUACCCCUCUCACAUGGAGCUGCACGAGAAGGAGCUGCUCCAGGCCUAUGGGAAGGACGCGUCUGGGAAGCAGAGCAAUGCGAACGGCAAGAGACGGAGUCACGGGCCUCACGCGCCGCUUUGUCCGGAAAAGAGGACGAGAAAAGUGUGUCAGUACUGCGGCAAAAACUUCCCGUUUCAGUCUGCCCUCGAGAGACACGUGCGUGUCCACACAGGGGAGAAGCCUUACAAGUGCGACAUAUGUGGCAAAGCUUUCGGUCAGGCCUAUUUCCUUCGCGUUCAUGAGCUCACACACUGGUCAGUGAAGCGUUACAACUGCACGCGCUGCAAAAAAUCCUUCACGCAUUACAGCAAUGCCAAGAAUCACACCUGUAAACCUGCCGGCAGCGAGGAUGAGUGUGAGGCCAGCAGACGCGUGAGGUCGUCGCUCACCUACACCUGCCACAUCUGCAAGAAUGUAUUUGACCACCUGCAGGAGUUCAACAGCCACAUGCGAAACCACACAGGUGCGAAGCUCUACCGCUGCCUGCACUGUGACAAACUGUUCGGCGUGUUGUCGGAAUUCGACACCCACCGCAGCAAGUGCAGAGGAGAGAAGAGCGGCUGCAGCUCUGUGACGAAAGCAGGAGGAGCCAUGUCUUUAGUGCAGUACACUGUACCUGCUCUCAGAGGGUCACCGCCGCAGGACCGAGUCUUUCCCCCCGCGACGACCAACGGUGAGUCACAGAGAAGGCCGUCGCAGAGCAUCCGCGGGAAACGCCUUGGAAACCUGAACAAACCGUUCCAGUCGUCCGUUGAUCAGGAUCAUCGUGUCUCACGCCUGGUUUUAAAGUUAAACGAGCUAGAUAACCGGUCGGACCCCAGGAAGUAUCUGUGUCCAAGCUGCGGGCGACUGUUCAGGCACAUGGGCAGACUGAGAGCCCACAUGCUCACUCACACCCCGGGCCAGAGUUACACCUGCACCUGCUGUGGCAAGACUCUGGAGAACUGGGGCAAACUGUGGCGGCACCAGAGAAUCCAUCGACACAGACGCGGCCGCUUCAUCUGUGCAAAGUGUGGACGCGGCUUUCGUUUCGCCGAGCGUUACAAGAAACACAUGAGCGAGCACCCGGAGUUCCACUGGGUUCAUGUCAGGCCCAGGAAAGUACCUCUGCCUUAUGAGUGUGAGCUGUGCAGAUGCAGCUUCAGGACUCUAGAUUUGCUGUUCAGUCACCAGCUCUGCCAUUCCUCCACUCAAGACACGCACAAGGACUCCGAUUUUGAUUUAUUCAUAGAUGCUAAUAGCACACAGUCAAAGAAAACGUUAAGCCACCCUGUGGCUGAGAACAGCUCUCCUCUGAGCCCCUCAUCUAAAUAUCAGGACCCACUUCCUCAACUGUGGCCUCUAACGCCCAUGAUCACAUUUAAUCACAAUCAGGAUGCUGGUCUGGGUAAGAGUUUGCUGCAUCCUAGUGGCACAUGUUUGAGCCAAGAUACAGAACCCGGUUAUGAUGGAAGAGACAAAACAACAUAUGGAAAACCCGUUAUGCCUUUGUGUGUGAAAAGACCCAUGACGCUUAACAGCAAAUCAAACACCAGGUCAGAUGGAGUUAAAUGUGCUGUGUGUGGUAAUGCAUAUUUUACUAUACCAGACCUUUAUCACCAUUACCUGCAGCACGCUAGGGGCCAGGUGUAACUGUGUUUAACACCGGGCGUCAUGCCAAUACAUGAGCAAAGUCUUUGUGUCAUUUCUGCAAAACUGAAAUCAAAUGAUUUAAACCAGUUGUCAGUUUUCAAUUUUUAGUUUUAACUAAAGCACUUUGUUGUUUAGGUAGUGUUUUAUAGAAGCCAUUAACCUUUUUAGUUUCUAUAACUUUCUGUCAGUGUUACAGGAGGACUGUAGAAAGGUGGAGUUGGUUAAUGAUGCCUUACUGGAAGUGAUCUUAUGUAAUGUAAUGGAACCGUUUACUUCAGCGCACCAACUGUGACAUGUACGGUACAUGACAGAUUUGAUCAUGGGGCAGAUAUUUAGUGAAACCUAAACAUUUCAAGCCCUCGUUUACACCUGUAACUUUGCAAGUGGCUUUUUCUUCUGUUUGUACUUGAACAGUGAACAUUUAACAUGGGACAUUGCAGAAGUCUCAGUGAAAUAUUUCUCUUGUUGUCAACAAAGCUUUGGUUCAUAAAUAUACUGCUAUUUAGUUUCUUUACGCACAUGAAUAUUUUUCAGACAACCGUCUCAGUCACAUUUAUACAGUGUGCCCACUGUAAAUGUCACAUCCAGUGUAUUCCUGGCUUAUGAAUGUGGCUUCUGCUCUACAACAAGGACUUGCUGUACCGUGUUUCUGUUUACAGUUAAAAGCUGAUAUUAAAUUAUGCUGAAAUUUCUCACCCCAGAAAAAAGCACGCACAUUCCAGAACAUGUCUUAUUGUUCCAUGAUCAAAUUACAGUAUCAUGCUUCAAUGUCCUCUGUAAUUUUAUUUGAAUCAUGAAGAUUAACUUUAUUUGAAGCUGUUAAUCAGAUGAAUUAGAUUUGUUUUCUUUUAUGAUAUGAUUGAGUUUGUCAAUAAAACUUGCUUUUGUAUAAAAAAUGUUUGGACUGAUUA